AUGGCAGUGACAACCAGAUUGACAUGGAGUGAGGAGAAAAGUCUGCAGAAGAUGCUUGGGAAUGUCUCCUUGAGACUUCUUUAUAAGUCUAGUGUCCAUGACAGUAACAUUUCUGGUAUGCUUGAUAGGUGCACUUGUCAGGGACCUACUGCAACAAUAAUUUACUUUAAUAUAAAGACUACUUUUGUGGAUGCUUCAUUAAGCAAAGCUUUAGGAGUAUAUAUCCCGUCUGACAUCAAGUAUUUGGAAUGUGAAGUUUUUUGAGUUGAAAGAAUUGAGGAUGAUAUGAACUACAUAAGCCAGAUAACAAGAGCCACGAAGCACAGAAAUCCACUUCUAGCCGAACUCAGAGCCUACAAGCCCUGUGUAGACUUUAUUUCAGAAGUUUGUAUUCUCUUGCUGGGUCCAUCUGGGUCUGGAAAGUCUAGUUUUAUCAAUUCAGUGAAGUCUGUUUUCCGAGGCCAGGUGACUUGCCAAGCCACAGUGACGUCUGAUGUCACCAGCAUUACUGGACAGUAUAGGAUAUAUCCUAUUAAAGAUGGGAAAGAUGGCAAAUAUCUGCCAUUUAGGUUGUGUGACUCCAUGGGGCUACAUGAGAAAGAAGGAGUAGGUUUGUGUGUGGAUGACAUACCCUACAUCUUAAAAGGCUGUGUGCCAGACAGAUACCAGUUGAGCCCCAAUAAACCAAUUACGCCCAAUCAUCCUACCUUCAUCAGCUCUCUAUCACUGAAGGACAGGAUUCACUGUGUGGCUUAUGUCUUAGAUAUCAACUCUAUCAAUGAUCUCUCCUCUAAGAUGGUGGCAAAGUUCAAACAAGUUCAAAAAGAAGUCUUGAGCUGUGGUGUAGCACAUGUGGUUUUGCUCACUCAUGUGGAUAGAAUGGAUCUGAUUACAAGAGGUGACCUUAGAGACAUAUACAGAUAUAUGCCUGUGAAGCUCAAGCUAAUGAAUGAUACCGUCCACAGAGAACUUGGAUUUGCUCUUUCUGACAUCUUGGUGGUUAGUAAUUACACUUCAGAGUGGGAGUUGGACCAUAAAGACAUUCUGAUCCUCUCUGCACUGAGACAGAUGCUGUGGGCUGCAGAUGACUUCUUAGAGGAUUUGCCUCUUGAGAAAACAGGUAGAUGCAUUUGGUGGUAUCGACACUUGAAGGUGUCCUGUAUGGCUAUUCCUGCUUGGAUCUAUUGGGCAGGUCCCUUGAAAGCACUACUUAUGGCUUACAAAGUAGCAUUUUUGGUCCACCAUUCAUCAUCUUCCAUAAAAGCCUGA